AUUCAUGGUAUGAGUAAACUUUUAUAGAGAGGCAGCAUUAUUAAAUUAGGUUUAAGGUGCUCUUACAAUAGAUAUUUACAUAGAUGGAUUAGAAAAAAAGAAAACUUUAAGAUUUAAUGACAAGUAAUAAGGCUUGAUAAGAUUACCAGUAUAUUCAGUAAUACAUAAAGGGUGAUGAAAUUUCAGGUGUUGUGGAUUUGAGAAUGAAUAAAAAUAAAAGAUUGAUCACUUAGGAAUACGGAUUGAAUUAAUUAGUAGAAUUGGUAAUUUAUUGUUUUAAUCUAGAAAUACUUAAUGACUAAAAAUAAGCAUCCAAUUUUAUGUCGAUGGGAAGGGAAUUAGAAGCAUAAGGCAUUUUUUUGGAGGAUAAAUCCUACAAAUUCUAAUUUAAUAAAUUUGAGAAGUAAUAUCAAAGUUUUUAUGGUAAGGAAGUAAAAUUGAGGUAAGAUAGUGGGUAAAUUAAAUCUAGAUAUUAUUAAAGUGUUA